CGGAAAUCCAAUAAAAUUCCGUCACUUCUCCUCCACUUUCCCAACCUCCUAAAUUCAUUCCCAUUUUAAAUAUCCCAUUAAUUAUUUUUAAAUGCUAUAAAUAUUUGCAGCUCCCCCUCCAUCAUUGAUAAUCAACUGAAUUUAGAGAGAGAGAGGGAGAAUAGACCCUUACGUGCUUUCACGUCUUCAAAUCUUAAUUGACACGACUUCACAGUUUACCCACAAUCAAAGUAACUGUGCGAGCGAGAGAGAGAGAGAGAGUCAUCUUUCUGUUUCUCUCUUCCUCAGUGAAAGUCUCAAUUCUCUUAACUUCCCCAGAUACAUGUAAAAGGCCAUAAAAAGGAGCAAAGACAAUGUGGGAGACUUGGGUCUGCUUUAGGGGUGGGAAAAAGCAGGUGCAGGCAUUCAACAUCAAAGCCAAUGAUGUUCUUUCUCAACCACCGCAUGUUGUUGCUGCAGCUCACCCUGUUCAUAGUUAUUGGUCCUUCUACUGCUCAGCGAGAGCCAUAUGCCAUGCGCAUAAGUUGUGGAGCUCAUGCUAAUGUCCAGAGUGGCCCGACCAAUACCCUCUGGUACAAGGAUUUUGGUUUUACAGGAGGGAGACCAGCAAAUGCAUCAAAAACAAGUUUCAUUGUUCCACCUCUUACAACACUUCGCUAUUUUCCUCUCUCUGAUGGGCCAGAAAAUUGCUAUAAUAUCAAUGAAGUACCCAAUGGACACUAUUCAGUGAGAAUAUUUUUUGCGUUGGUUCAAGAACCUAAUUUUCAGAAUGAGCCUUUAUUUGAUGUUUCAGUUGAAGGAACUCAGAUCUAUUCUUUACCGUCAGGGUGGAGCACUGAAGAUGAGGAAUCAUUUGCUGAGGCUCUCGUAUUUGUUUCAAAUGGUUCUGUCUCCAUUUGCUUCCAUAGCACCGGCCAUGGAGAUCCAGCUAUACUUACACUUGAAAUUCUUCAAGUAGAUGACAAAGCAUAUUAUUUUGGUCCCCAGUGGGGUGAGGGGUUAAUCCUCAGAACAGCCAAGCGGCUAAGCUGUGGUAAUGUGAAUCCUGUGUAUGAUGAAGAUUACGGGGGAGAUCACUGGGGUGGGGAUAGGUUCUGGGGUCCAGUGAAUACUUUUGGGCAAGAUUCUGACACAGUUCUAAAAACUGAAAAUAGCAUCAAUCAAGCAUCAGUUUCCCCAAACUAUUACCCUGAAAAGCUUUAUCAGACAGCACUUGUUAGUACUGAUAGUCAGCCAGAUUUAUCAUAUAGUAUAGAUGUGGAUCCUACAAGAAACUACUCAAUUUGGUUGCACUUUUCAGAAAUAGAUACUACAAUCACAGGUCAAGGUCAAAGGGUUUUUGAUAUCCUGAUAAAUGGUGAUGUUGCAUUCAAAGAUGUUGAUAUUAUCCAAAGGAGUGGCGGCAAUUACACGGCUCUUGUGCUGAACAAGAAUAUUGCUGUUAAUGGAAGGACUUUGACAUUAACCAUGCACCCUACAAAGGGAAAUCAUGCCAUCAUCAAUGCCAUUGAAGUUUUUGAGGUUAUCCCUGCGGAAUCUAAGACUUUAGCACAAGAAGUUAUGGCUUUGCAGACACUGAAGAAUGCCUUGGGUCUUCCUCUACGUUUGGGGUGGAAUGGUGAUCCGUGUGUUCCCCAACAACAUCCAUGGAGUGGAAUUGACUGCCAAUUUGAUGGAACCAGCAGCAAAUGGGUCAUCGAUGGACUUAGUCUUGACACCCAAGGUCUGGGGGGCUUCUUUCCGGAUGACAUAUCCCAACUGCUUCAUCUACAAAGCAUAAACUUGAGUGGGAACAGCAUUCAUGGGGCCAUUCCAUCCUCACUUGGAACAAUAACGGUCUUGCAAAUACUAGACCUUUCCCACAAUUUUUUCAAUGGUUCGAUCCCUGAAAGUCUUGGGAGUUUGACAACGCUACAGAUACUUAAUCUUAAUAGCAACAUGUUAUCUGGAAGAGUUCCUGCUGCACUUGGAGGAAGGCUUCUGCACAGAGCUAGUUUCAAUUUUACUACCAAUGCAGGUCUGUGUGGUAUACCUGGACUACCAUCAUGCGGGCCUCACCUCUCUAUUGGAGCAACGAUAGGCAUAGUAGUAGGGGUACUUUUGGCAUUUAUACUCAUUGUUGUUGGCUUAAUAAUCUGGUGGAAAAGAAGGCAAAAUAUUCUCCGUGCACAGAGAAUUGCUGUAAGAGAUGCUCCCUAUGCGAAAGCAAGGACCCAUUAUGUGCGUGACGUGCAAAUGGCUCGACAUCAUCAUGGUGUUGACCACUCAAGGGCUGCUACUGAGCAUGGGUCUAACUUGCUCUGACCAAGCACCUCUGGAUCCUACCAAAUCAAUUUUGGUCACUGGAUUCUUGCUAAAUGAAUUCUCUUUUUUUCGGUUAUUGGAGUUCCAAACCUUUUCAUUGAAUCCAGCUUUGCCUGUCGCUGAGCUUUGGAUUUCUCUGUCAAAUUUUCUCAAAGAAGGCAUCUGGAAGCUCUCUACAGCAGCUUAUGGGAAGUCAUGUAUUGCUCUUGGAAUCUUAGGUAGCCAUCUGCAAUUGGGUGGUCUUGUAUGUUGUAGCUCUGUCAUGUAUAUUGCUCAUUCUUUUGUGUCUUUAGUUUUCUCCCAGGAAAUGUAGAUUAAACAAAAUAUUUCUAUAUAGAUGUCAAAUGUCAAUUCAAAAUUACAGUUUUCAAUUGUUAUGGCUGAUACAGUCCUUGUUUGGGAAUAAACUUGGGUUGCUCA